GCAUUUCAGUUGUUAAUUUGUUUUGGCCAACGACACAUCGAAUGCCGAGAGAGCUUCGGUUAAGAUUUGGCUUAUAUAUAACACCUUGUUUGUAAUUAAUAUACAGAGUACCCGUCGGCUACAUUCAACAUGUGCAACGCUCUCUGCGAAUGUCUCAAAUGCCCCGGCAAAGUUGUUUGCUGCUGCUGUUCCUGCGCCUGCAAAAUGUUGAUGAGCAUUUUCUGCUCUAUUAUUGUCCUGCUGGUCGUAAUUGGUUUAAUUGUUUACUUCACGGUCUAUUAUCACAAGGAUAAGGAUACCAAAGACAUUCAGCAGCAGGUCUCCCAGCUGACGCCCAUUGUAAAGCGCAGCAUACGCGACUAUUUUAAUAAGGAAUAUUGAUCUAGAGCGAUGAAUUUAUACCAUAGACAACAUUAAUAAUAAUUCCCAUAAAAAUAACGAAAUUAACCGAAUCCGG